AUCAGCAACUUACGCGUCGCGUCGUCGAUACUGACCGUGCUUACACCACGACCACGAUGAGCGAAGAAGUCGUACUACCCAUUCCCAAUCUUGCUGUUCCUCAGCACCUCUUUAUUCUUUCUUCGCCGUCUCUUUCCCAUCUUCAUGAGGCUUCCAAGCAUGCUCUGCUGGAAGCUAUCAAUGCCGACCAGAUGGCUCCAUACUAUGCCUCUCUUUCGCCAUCUAUAGUUCCCCAGGAUGCUGCUAUACUGGAAAAGAUGCAAGGAGAAAAUGCCAAAACGCUGACAGAACUUGAUGAGCGACUGGAGAGUGCAAAGAAGAUGGAAGGCGAAUCCGAAAUCAGUGACGCACUACGUGCUCGGGCAAAUUUCCUCACCAAGAUCGGAGAACGAGAGAAGGCUGUCGAUGCACAGAAGGUGGCGUUGGAGAAGACACCUGGGUUGGGUAGUCGGAUAGACAUUGCCCUGACAAUUGUCAGAAUCGGUUUCUUCUGGUUGGAUAGGCCGUUAAUUAUCUGGGGACUUGAAAAGGCGGAAAAAAUGGUGGAAGAGGGUGGUGACUGGGACCGACGUAACAGGUUAAAGGUCUACAAAGGUCUUCAUCUUCUCUCCAUUCGCCAAUUCAAGCGAGGCGGUGAGCUCCUUCUCGAUGCGCUGUCAACAUUUACAGCUACGGAACUUUUGAGCUACAACGAUUUCGUGGCCCUCACCGUCAUUGCCAAUACACUGACUCUCGGUCGUGUGGAUCUCAAGAAGAAGAUAAUAUCUGCUCCGGAGGUAAUACAACUACUUCCCGAACAGCCGACGCUUGGCGAUAUCGUCAAGAAUCUCUACGAAUGCCACUACGACAAGUUUUUCGUCGCCUUGGCAACCCUUGAACAAACCCAUCUGCUUCCUUCUCGCUUCCUGUCGCCUCAUACGCGUUUCUAUGUUCGCGAAAUGCGCAUUUUGGCGUACAAUCAGCUCUUGCAAAGUUACAAGAGUUUGACCCUUGAAAGCAUGGGUCAAGCAUUCGGUGUCAGGCCUGAAUUUAUUGACAACGAACUUUCUCAUUUUAUAUCGACGGGAAGGUUGAAUGCCACGAUUGACAAAGUACAUGGGGUGGUGGAAACGACGAGGAUGGGAUUCAACGACUCUAUAACGCCAACGUUGAGCUUGAAGAGCACGGCAGUUGAUGUGGUUCUUAAGCAAGGCGACUUGGUUCUAGGAGAGGCCGGUCGGCUUAGUAGGGUUCUGUGGUAGCCCGUUGUAUUCAUAACAUGCAUUCUAUGAAAUCAUACUCACGAUUUUCCGACUAGAA